AUGGGUGUGCCAGCUCCGCCCGGAAUGGCUAUUAAUUGUGGCGGACUGCCGCCUGGGUACAACGUUGGAUAUACUCACAAGACCGAGUUUGAGAUUCUGCAAGACAAGGCACGUAAAUGGCAGAAGUUGAACACUAGAAGGUUUACAAAAACUUCAGCUGCUCCUUUGGCAACAUAUGCCGCCCCGAUGCCCCCGGAGCAUCUUCGGAAGGUUUUCCGGGAGCACGGCGACAUGAGUAAUCGGAAAUACCGGUAUGACAAGCGUGUUUAUCUGGGAGCGCUGAAAUAUGUACCUCAUGCUGUAUACAAGUUGUUGGAGAACAUGCCGAUGCCUUGGGAACAGUUGCGUAAUGUACGAGUUCUCUAUCACAUUACGGGUGCGAUAACUUUCGUCGACGAGAUACCUUGGGUUGUGGAUCCCAUAUUUUUGGCACAAUGGGGGACUAUGUGGAUUAUGAUGCGCCGAGAAAAGCGUGAUCGUCGUCAUUUCAAGCGUAUGAGGUUCCCCCCCUUUGAUGAUGAGGAACCUCCUCUUGAUUACAGCGAGAACAUCCUCGAUGUGGAACCUUUGGAAGCCAUCCAGAUGCAGCUCGAUCCCGAAGAGGAUGCGGCUGUUAUGAACUGGUUUUACGACUCAAAACCACUUCAGUACGAGUCGAAAAUGAUAAAUGGCCCAAGUUACCGUCGUUGGUUUCUCACGGUAGAACAAAUGGGGGUAUUAUAUCGCCUGGCCGGUCAGCUAUUCUCAGAUAUACAAGAUGACAAUUACUUCUAUCUAUUCAAUUUAAAAGCGUUUUAUACAGCGAAGGCACUUAACACGGCAAUUCCAGGAGGUCCGAAAUUCGAGCCUCUUUUUCGUGAUGCGCAGGAGGACGAAGACUGGAACGAGUUCAAUGAUGUCUCCAAAAUUAUCAUUCGUCAGCAAAUUCGUACUGAAUACAAGAUCGCAUUCCCCUAUUUGUAUUGCAACAGGCCGCGUAAAGUUGCCAUUGCGCCUUACCACACCAAGUUAUGCGCGUAUGUUAAGCAGGAUGACCCGGAUCUACCUGUUUUCUACUAUGAUCCUGUCAUAAACCCUAUACCUGCGUAUACAAUAAAGGAUGGUAAUGUCAGAGAAUACGAUUCUGAGGACUGGGAUAGAAGUGAUGCUACAGAUCCUUGCUCUAAGCCUAACUCCUUCGUUAGCUGCUCUGCUGCCGAAACAUUGAAUGACGGAGUCGAGAACAAUAAAAAUGGCGACAUUUCGUAUUCUUCACCGGAUGCAGGAACUAAUUUCCCAAGAGGCGUCGUUCCGCUUCUGGCGACGGUUCCAUUGGAAAGCGAUAACACGUCGAAUGGCGUCGCACUAUGUUGGGCCCCACAUCCCUUCAACAAGCGCUCUGGCAACUGCCGUCGUGCCAUCGAUUUGCCGAUAGUGCAGUCGUGGUUCCGCGAGCAUGUUCCGGCGUCUCAUCCGGUAAAGGUUCGUGUAUCUUAUCAGAAACUCCUUAAGGGUUGGGUUCUGAGCAAUCUGCAUUCGCGCAGACCGAAGAGCAUGAAAAAAAGAAAGCUGUUUAAGCUUUUCAGAGCAACAAAGUUUUUCCAAACUACGGAGAUGGAUUGGGUGGAGGUUGGGUUACAAGUUUGUCGCCAGGGUUAUAACAUGCUUAAUCUUUUGAUUCAUCGCAAGAAUUUGACGUAUCUGCAUUUAGAUUAUAACUUCAACUUGAAACCUGUGAAGACUCUAACAACGAAGGAACGCAAGAAAUCGCGUUUUGGUAACGCUUUUCACCUGUGCCGCGAAAUAUUGCGGUUGACCAAGCUAGUAGUGGAUUCCCACGCGCAGUAUCGAUUAGGAAAUGUCGAUGCAUAUCAGCUUGCAGAUGGGUUGCAGUAUAUAUUUGCUCAUGUGGGCCAGUUAACCGGUAUGUAUCGUUACAAGUAUAGGCUGAUGCGUCAGGUCCGCAUGUGCAAAGACUUAAAGCACCUGAUUUACUACCGAUUUAACACGGGUUCGGUUGGUAAAGGACCCGGCUGCGGUUUCUGGGUCUGUGGUUGGCGUGUAUGGUGUUUUUUCCUGCGUGGUAUCAUGCCUUUGCUUGAGCGUUGGCUUGGUAACCUUCUGGCUCGCCAGUUUGAGGGCAGGGUGUCUAAGGGUGUCGCAAAAACAGUCACGAAACAACGUGUGGAGUCUCACUUCGAUCUUGAGCUGCGUGCCGCUGUCAUGCACGAUAUCCUGGAUAUGAUGCCCGAAGGCAUUCGUGCCAACAAAGCGCGCACUAUUCUUCAACACCUAAGUGAAGCAUGGCGUUGUUGGAAAGCCAACAUUCCGUGGAAGGUGCCUGAGAUGCCUGCGGCAAUUGAAAACAUGAUCCUUCGCUACGUAAAGAUGAAGGCUGAUUGGUGGACGAACGCUUCUUACUAUAACAGAGAACGCAUUAAAAGGGGGGCCACCGUCGACAAGACAGUGUGCAAAAAAAAUCUUGGGCGUCUAACUCGUUUGUGGCUGAAGUCCGAACAGGAGCGCCAGCACGGAUACCUCAAGGAUGGCCCCUACAUUACUGGUGAAGAAGCAGUAGCAAUAUACACGACUGCUGUUCAUUGGUUGGAAUCACGUAAAUUUUCACACAUUCCUUUUCCCCCGUUGAACUACAAACACGACACGAAGCUCUUGAUUUUGGCAUUGGAGCGGUUGAAGGAGCCGUAUUCGACAAAAGGCCGUCUGAAUCAAAACCAGAGAGAGGAAUUGGGUUUAAUAGAACAAGCAUAUGAUAAUCCACACGAAGCUCUGAGUCGUAUUAAGAGACAUUUGCUUACACAGCGUGCUUUUAAAGAGGUUACGAUAGAGUUCAUGGAUCUCUAUAGCCACUUGAUUCCCGUGUAUGACAUUGAUCCACUGGAGAAAAUAACCGAUGCGUACCUGAGUCAGUACCUAUGGUUCGAAGGGGAUGCGCGUGGGUUAUUCCCGAAUUGGAUCAAACCGGCGGACAGCGAACCUCCACCGUUGUUGGUGUACAAGUUCUGUCAGGGAAUCAAUAACCUCACUGACGUAUGGAAUUAUGAAGAUCAGCACUUAGUGCUCUUGCAGAGUAAGUUUGAUCGUGUUUAUGAGAAGAUCGACCUUACUUUGCUUAAUAGGCUUCUACGGUUGAUUGUGGACCACAAUGUUGCGGACUAUAUUACGGCUAAAAACAAUGUCAGCAUUUGCUUUAAGGAUAUGAGCCAUAUAAACAGUUUCGGAUUUAUACGCGGUUUACAAUUCGGCAGCUUCGUUUUCCAGUAUUAUGGUCUGAUAUUAGAUUUGCUGUUACUGGGACUAACGCGUGCUACCGAGAUCGCCGGUCCAACUUCGAUGCCCAAUGACUUUCUCAGUUUUACGGACGUUGAAACAGAAACUAGACACCCUAUCAGGCUGUAUUGCCGUUACAUCGACAGGAUAUUUGUGCUGUUCAAGUUUACAAGCACCGAAACACGUGAUCUGGUGCAACGAUACUUGACCGAGAACCCUGAUCCCAAUAAUGAGAAUGUAGUAGGUUACAACAACAAGUCAUGUUGGCCCAAAGAUAGCCGUAUGCGCUUAAUGAAGCACGAUGUGAAUCUUGGUCGUGCUACAUUUUGGGAAAUGCAAGCACGGCUACCUCGAUCUGUGACGACAUUGGAAUGGACUGAUUCGUUUGUAUCUGUAUACGGCAAGGAUAACCCAAACUUACUUUUUAACAUGUGUGGUUUUGAGGUGAGGAUAUUCCCCAAAAUCAGAUGGUUGAAAAGUGGCGCAUCGCAGGGUGAAGCAUGUUGGAAAUUACAGAAUGAGAGAACCAAAGAGCUUGCAGCCACUGCGUACUUACGUGUUGAUGCGGAUGGAAUGAGCGCUUUCGAAAAUCGCAUCAGGCAGAUCCUUAUGGCUAGUGGAAGCACCACCUUCACAAAAAUAGCCAAUAAGUGGAACACAGCAUUAAUCGGUAUGAUGACAUACUAUAGGGAGGCCGUUAUUCACACUAACGAACUCCUAGAUUUGUUAGUGAAAUGCGAAAAUAAGAUUCAGACUCGUAUUAAGAUAGGUUUGAAUUCAAAGAUGCCUUCACGUUUCCCUCCAGUGGUUUUCUAUACUCCAAAGGAAUUGGGUGGUCUUGGAAUGCUUUCUAUGGGUCAUAUUUUGAUACCCCAGUCUGACCUGAAGUAUAGCAAGCAGACGGAUACAGGCAUAACUCAUUUCCGCAGCGGUAUGUCACACGAGGAGGACCAACUGAUUCCCAAUCUAUACCGUUACAUUCAGACAUGGGAAAGCGAGUUCAUUGAAAGCCAACGCGUGUGGGCAGAAUACGCCUUAAAGCGUCAAGAAGCUCAGGCACAAAGUCGCCGUCUAACCAUUGAAGACCUCGAAGACUCGUUUGACCGCGGUAUUCCACGCAUCAACACACUGUUCCAGAAGGACAGGCACACGUUGGCAUAUGAUAAGGGUUGGAGAGUCCAGCAAGACUUCAAGCAAUAUCAUAUAAUGAAAGCAAAUCCAUUUUGGUGGACCCAUCAAAAACACGACGGUAAGUUGUGGAAUUUGAAUAACUAUCGCACUGACAUGAUUCAAGCGUUGGGAGGAGUGGAAGGUAUUUUAGAACACACACUUUUUAAGGGUACAUACUUCGCAACGUGGGAAGGUCUUUUCUGGGAGAAAGCAUCUGGUUUCGAAGAAUCCAUGAAGUACAAACGGCUCACAAAUGCGCAAAGAAGCGGUUUGAACCAGAUUCCGAAUCGCAGAUUUACACUGUGGUGGUCACCGACAAUUAAUAGGGCGAAUGUGUAUGUAGGUUUUCAGGUGCAAUUAGAUCUCACCGGUAUAUUCAUGCACGGCAAAAUACCUACUCUCAAGAUUUCGUUGAUUCAGAUAUUCCGGGCGCAUUUGUGGCAGAAGAUUCAUGAAUCCCUGGUUAUGGAUUUAUGUCAGGUGUUGGACCUGGAGCUCGACGCUCUGGAGAUUGAGACAGUACAAAAGGAGACUAUUCACCCCCGUAAAUCAUAUAAGAUGAACAGUAGUUGUGCGGACAUUUUGUUGUUUGCAGCAUAUAAGUGGCAUGUGGGCAAGCCAAGUUUGCUGACUGAUGCCGAUGUUGGAGAGGCAACUACGUCUACGAAUAAGUUCUGGAUAGAUGUCCAGCUUAGGUGGGGUGACUAUGAUAGCCACGAUAUUGAACGAUACUGUCGUGCUAAAUUUUUGGACUACACAACGGACAGCAUGUCGAUUUAUCCGUGUCCAACCGGGUGUCUGAUUGGUGUGGAUCUGGCAUACAACAUGCACAGCGGUUUUGGGUACUGGUUCCCAGGGAUGAAGACUCUAUGCGGUCGAGCAAUGAAUAAGAUUAUGAAGGCAAACCCUGCGAUGUUCGUAUUGCGCGAGCGAAUUCGCAAGGGUUUGCAGCUCUAUUCUAGCGAGCCCGCUGAACCGUACUUGUCAUCGCAGAAUUUCGGUGAACUGUUUGGAUCUCAGACUAUAUGGUUUGUUGAUGACACCAACGUGUACAGAGUGACUAUUCACAAAACGUUUGAAGGCAACCUGACAACAAAACCAGUAAAUGGCGCUAUUUUCGUAUUUAACCCGAAAACGGGUCAGCUGUUUUUGAAGAUAAUUCACACGUCAGUGUGGGCCGGUCAGAAACGCCUAAGCCAGCUGGCCAAAUGGAAAACUGCGGAAGAAGUUGCAGCGUUGAUCCGUUCUUUACCUGUAGAAGAACAACCCAAGCAGAUCAUUGUGACUAGGAAGGGUAUGCUUGACCCACUUGAAGUGCAUUUGCUUGACUUCCCAAAUAUAGUCAUAAAGGGGAGUGAAUUGCAGCUGCCAUAUCAGUCAAUAAUGAAGCUUGAAAAGUUCGGAGACAUGAUUUUACGCGCGACUCAACCCGAAAUGGUUCUUUUCAACCUGUAUGACGAUUGGCUAAAGAGCAUCAGUAGUUACACAGCUUUCAGCCGUUUAAUACUGAUUCUCAGAGCGAUGCAUGUUAAUUGCGAUCGCGCCAAAGUGCUGUUAAAACCGUCUAAAACUACAGUGACCCUGCCACACCAUGUUUGGCCAAGUUUGACGGACGCUGAGUGGAUAAACUGCGAAGUUGCGCUGAAGGACCUGAUUUUGGCUGAUUACGCGAAACGCAACGGCGUGAAUGCCACAAGUCUGACACAGAGUGAGAUACGUGAUAUAAUAUUGGGAAUGGAGAUUUCCCCGCCAGAUAUACAACGCCAGGAGCUUGAGGAGAAUCGCAAUGAUGCAGCUGCAAAGACAGUUACCACUCGUUCCGUGAACGUGCACGGAGAUGAGAUCAUAGUGACAACGCAGAGUCCACAUGAGCAGAAGGUGUUCGCCAGUAAGACCGAUUGGCGUAAUCGGUGUUUGGCUGCUGGUUUGCUCCACCGUCGGCUUGAAGGUUUGUCUGUUGAGAGCGUAGACUCUGAGGAUACCGUUGUUAUUCCACAUAAUCUAAUCAGGAAGCUGAUUAUGGUAUCCGAUCUGCGCACGGCAGUGGCUGUGUAUUUGUACGGGAAAAUAUCAAGCGUUGACGGUGAGCCCGAUCAAGCCACAAAUGAUGGUUCCCGCGGAGGUGGCAGCCAUGUAAGGGAAGUGACGUGCAUGGUUUUUGUGCCCCAGGUAGGUAACCAGUAUACUGUCGAUUUACCGAAGCAAGGGCCACAACAUGAGGCACUGGAUGGAUUAGAACCAUUGGGAUGGUUGAUCACGCGCCCCACGGAUGGCAGCGUAGCGUCGGAAGUUGUUGAGACACACAGACGUCUACAAAAUGACCUAAGCUGGGAUGUUGCAUCGAUCCUUUGUACGUGUACUUUCGUCCGAGGUAGCUGUGCGUUUUUGGCUCACCGGUUGACUCCCGAUGCGUUAAUAAGCAAGGAUGUUUCAAACACCAGCGCACUCCUAACUGCAGUUCAGGUGUUGAUUUCCGACAAGUACAAGGGUUUCUUCCUUGUACCUGUAGAUGAGGCGUGGAACUACAAUUUCAUGGGUGCAAAGCAUUCGCUACACAUGCACUAUCAACUGCAAGUCGAGGUUCCCAGGCCAUUUUAUGACCCUGUACACCGCCCAUUGCACUUCAUACAGUUUGCUCAAGCUAACGAAUCGAAGGAUUUUGAACUCGAGAACCCUUUGUAA